AUGGCGAUGUUCAGUGCCCGCGGGCUGAACAACUUCAUCAGCGAGCUGCGCGCGUGCACGUCGCGCGAGGAGGAGCAGAAGCGCGUGGACAAGGAGCUGGGCAAGAUCCGCCAGAAGUUCACGCAGACGGCCAGCAACUCGGGCCUGGGCAGCGGCGGCCCGGCGCUGCAGUCGUACGACCGCAAGAAGUACGCGUGGAAGCUCAUCUACAUCUACAUGCUGGGCUACGACGUGGACUUCGGCCACGUGCAGAUCAUCAGCCUCGUGUCGGGCUCCAAGUACUCGGAGAAGUGUCUGGGCUACCUGGGCUGCUCCAUCCUGCUCAAGGCCUCGGACGAGCUCAUGACGCUCGUCAUCAACUCCAUCCGCAACGACCUCAAGUCACGAGAGGCCAGCUCGCAGUGUCUCGCGCUGUGCUGCGUGGCCAACCUGGGAGGAGCUGACCUUAGUGAGACCAUGGGCCCCGACGUGGCCGCUCUGCUCACAAGCUCGGCCAGCAUCGCCCACGUCCGCAAGAAAGCGGCGCUGUGCGCGCGUCGCCUGAUGCCGGAUAACCCGGAGCUGCUACCGGUCGAAGACAUGGAGAGCCGACUGAACGACCUCAUGAGCGAGAGCCACUUGGGUGUCGUCACGUCCGCGGCCAGUUUGCUGCAGACGGCUCUGUCGCUGCAUCCGACGGCCUUCCGCUCACUGGUGGAGCCCUGCAUUCAGAGACUCAAUGCUCUGGUCACGCACAAGAACUGCCCGCGAGACUACAUGUACUACAACACGCCGUGCCCGUGGCUGCAAGUCAAGUUGCUGCGUAUUCUGCAGCAGUUCCACGCCAACGGUGCUCUGGACGCCGACUCGGCCGAUGGCCGACUCAACAACAUGUUGAACGAGACCCUCAACCGUGUCCUGGCCCGCACUCCUCCAGGCAAGAGUGCCAAGAACAACGCCGCUUAUGCUGUGCUGAUCGAGGCCGUGAACCUUGUCAUUGCUCGGGGCAAGCCUGGAGGCGACACGGAGAGCCCGGCGUACAAGCUGCGCGAGCAGGCGGUGGCCCUGCUGGCCCGCUUCAUCUCCGUCACGGAGCCCAACAUUCGCUACGUCGGACUCGACUCCAUGUACCGAAUGGUUCGGCUGGAUGGAGAUGGCACCGGCGUCAAACAGCACCAGGAGACCGUGCUCUUCUCGCUCAAGGACGCCGAUCCGUCCGUGCGUCGCCGUGCUCUCGACUUACUGUUCGCCAUGUGCGACUCGAGCAACGCUCAAGAGAUCGUGGGCGAACUUGUCAACUACCUGGCCGUGGCCGAGCGCACCGUGAGCACUGUCCCGACCACCGGACCCGUCAGUGGCAUCCGCGAGGAGAUCGUGCUGAAGGCGGCCAUCUUGGCCGAGAAGUACGCGCGCGACUUGCGCUGGUACGUGGACACAGUGCUCCAGCUUCUGACCAUUGCCGGCAGCGAGGUUCCCGACGCAGUAUGGCACCGCGUGGUUCAGAUCGUGACGAACCGCGAGGAGCUGCAGCGGUAUGCCGCUGAGCAAAUGUUCAAGGCCAUGGAGCCACGCUACGUGGAUGAAACCACGACCAAGUUCGGUGCUUACGUCCUAGGCGAGUUCGGCUAUUUGCUGUGUGACGACGCCUCCAUGAGCGGCACGCGCCAGUUCGAGGUGCUCCAUCAGCACUACGCUGACUCGAGCGUGCCUACCAAGGGCGUUCUGCUGACGGCUUUCGUCAAGAUGGACAACCUGUACGAAGAACUGCGCUCGACGGUUCACAGUGUACUUGCUAAGGCCGCCAGCAACAUGAACCUGGAGAUCCAGCAGCGUGCCUGCGAGUACUUGGCGCUGCGUCAGCUUUGCAAGAGCUCUCCGAACGGCGAGGAGGUGCUUCGUGCAGUGCUGGAGCCCAUGCCCGUGUUCCCGGAGAACCGCGAGUCCGGGCUCAUUGUUCGGCUUCGCAACCAGCAGAAGGCUGCAGCCGCUGUGGGUGAAGGCUCCGUCCUGCCCGAGGAGGGAGCGAUUUCGCCCCGUGCGCAGGCGCGAAUGAGCGAACAACAGCCAGCCGCGUCGCAAGGCGUCGACUUGCUGUCUUUGGAUGAGCCGGUGGCCCCCAAAACCUCAUCAGCCUUUGAAAUGGGAGCAGCUCCGGAGGCUAUCCGUGGCCCGAACCCGGCGUCGGCAGAUCUGGGCGACAUCUUCGGUGGUGGUGGCUCGAGCGGAGGCAAACCCAUUGGCUUGGACGCGUCGUUGACGCCGCAGAUCGCCGUUUGGGCUCGAAACCUCAUGCUGAAUCCCCAAGGUGUACUGGUCGAGAACGACGUGCUGCAGAUUGGGGCCAAGCACGAGUACCGCGGCUCUCAAGGCCGAAUCAACCUCUUCUUCGGCAACAAGACCGCAGACACGCUCAGCAACUUCUCGGUGCAGCUCGCGACGGGCAACUUCUUCCGUGUCCAGGCCGAGGAGGUGCCGCCGCAGCUCGCAGGCAAGCAGCAGGCCAAGCAGCAGAUCAUGAUCGAAGCCAUGGCUCCGUUCACAGAACCCCCAGUGAUGACGGUUAGUUUCUCGCGCAAUGGAACGAGCUACGCCUACCGAGUGGCGCUUCCGUGCCAGGCGACGAACUUCAUGGACCCGGUGGCUGUGAACGAAGAGGCAUUCCUCCAGCGGUGGAAUGCUCUGGCAGGACAGGAUCGCGAGCAGCAGGAGGUGGUGCCUGCGGCCAGCAAGUUGGACUUGGCCCAGGCUCGCGAGUGGCUUAGCACGAACCUGAAGUUCGCCAUGGUGGACGGAAUGGACUCUCAGACGAGUGGCAGUCUCUCGGGAGCCGCGACUUACCGCACUGGAGCGGUGGGUCCCAAUGGCGACAAGCUAUCGGUUGGCUGCCUCGUGCGCCUGGAAGCUAGCGACGGUAACGCGUACCGUGUCCGGGUUCGUGCGGUGCAUCGCGACGUAAGUGUAGCGACCAAGAACUGCCUCAAGAUGCUGCUUCAAGUGUAG